AUGAAUCGCCUUGGAGAUUUUAGGCAGCGUAACCAAGCAGGGCUAGGCAAAGCCAAACUCCUGCCAUUGACCAUCAGCAUUUCCUUGAUUCUUCCUUUCACUCAGCUUCAUUCCACCAUGCCCAAAGCAUUCCUGCUGCUAUGUGUUGCCGUGGUGCUACCGGGGCUUGUGCAUGGAGCCAUGUUGAGAAAUGAAGAGAAAUGGAAGCCGCUCAACAAUCCUAGAAACCGAGAUCUAUUUUUCAGAACCCUUCAGGCGUAUUUUAAGGGACGAGGUCUUGAUCUUGAGAGGUUUUCGAAUACUUUCUCCAUGAACGAGAAUCCCAGACCUCUUUCUUUCCAAUCAGAACUUAUUGCUUCUGCAUUUUCAGAUUUUAAGGAACAGAAAAACUCCUUCCCCAAACACCUCAAAGGCUGAAUGUUUAUUUUGAGCACAGGUGUCUGGCUGAUUUAAAGCUACAAAGGAAACUUCUCAUUAGAAAAAUUCAGUCAUGGACAUGGCUAAUCUUUUGCUUUUCCCCCUCCAUUUUUGUCAAUUUCUAAUGAUUUUUAGUCUACAUUUCCAGGUGUACAUGUAAGCAACUUGAGUUUUGGGAUAUAGUGACUUAUAUGCAUGUUUUUUUUCCCUACUCGAUAACCGUAGAUAUCAAUGUGGAGAACCACAUAUAGUUGCCAGCAUUACAAAAACACUCAAAGUCAAAAGAAACACUUUAAAUUACAUGUUCCUAUAAGCUUGUCUUCUGUUUAUUACCUUUUAUUAACCACUGUUUUUAUUUGAAAGGGACAUUGUUCAUUUUUACUCAAAUCAUGUGUAACAGGAAUUUGGUUUGCAAAUUUAUCUGGCCUAGAAAGAAGAUGCAUUCCCAGUGUUGGCAUUAAUAAACAAAAUAUAUGAAUGAAGGGUUCUCUUGACUAUUUUCAUAUCAAGGGAGAGUAAGUGAUAUCCACAAUUAAGUUGACAUGGACGGCAAAGAAACACCGGGUUUUAGGAGUUGCUUGGGCCUCUGGGAGAUGCCCUCUGCCAGGAGGAUCAGAGGUGGGCAUUGUGCUGCACUAAAUUUCCUAGCCAUGCCUCACCUCUGGCUCACCCACGCACAACUUCAAGAGGGGAGAGUAGAAAUGUGUGGAUUUUCUUUCUUUUAUAACCAACUGUCUCCCCUCCCCCAGCCCCAUCUCAGACUGAAUUAUUCUGAUUCUCUUAUUCUCAUUUGGAAUAACUACUUUCCUUUAUGAAUAGCUGCACAUUUUUGCUGAUUCCAAAAAAGGAACACUGUCUUAGAAGCAAACACUGGCAUCCUAAUAACACUAGUCUAUACUUUCUAAAAUCGUGUUCUGUGGCUUUUUUGGUGGAUGGCUGAUAUUGAAUAACAAGAAUAAAAUAUUUAUGCAAGAACAGA